AUGACUAUUUCGUACCGCUUUCCGCCGCUGCUGGGCUGCAGCCGCAAGCGCGCAGUGAGCGCCGCAGCAGCAGCAGAUUUCAAACCCUGCAGACUUUCUGAACACGCAAUUGGCUUUUCUCGUUUUCGUUUUGCUUCCAAACAUGCAAAAAGACAAAAAGACUUUUUGCUGCUGCACUGGACUCUCAAGAGAUUAGCAGCAGAGUUCCUCUUGGAGCAAAUUCAGUUUCGCCGCGCCGCCGUUCUGCAGCUGUCUGCGCUCUGCGCAGAAGUCGCAGCAGCAGUGGGGGCCCCCAGCAUGCAGCAGCAGCAGCAGCAGCAGCAGCAGCAGCAGCAGUUGCUGCUGCUGCCUCCGAAAACCUUCUCCAAGUUUCCCAUUGGGCGAUUACUCGAAAGCCGCUUUCCUUCAGUCGUUUAUAAACCCUCGGAAAACGUCAAGGACGUUCUCGUCUACCUCAAAUGCAGGGGCUCCGUGGACGCAAUUCGUUUGCUGCUGCGGCAGCAGCAGCUGCCGCACGCGGAAGUGCACGUGGACCGGAGCUUCAGCAGCAAAGAGAUCAGCAGCAAGUUUGCUGCUGCUGCACUUCCUGCUGCUCUUCCUUACUACUGCGACGAAAGCUGCCAAAUGUCUGGAGCAAAAACAGUUCUGAUGUAUCUCGCGAGGAAGGGAGGUUUGGCUGUGGGGUCUGGGGUGUACGUACACCUCGAGGCCGUGGUGGACUUCUGCUUUGCUGCGCUGCACACCCUCUGGGCAGCAGACUGCUGCUGCUGCUACCAGCAGCAGCAGCAGCAGCAGCAGCUCCUCAGCAGGGACAGGGCCAGGGCCCACUUCUGCAGAGACAAGCUGCUGCCGCUCCUCCACUCCUUCUGUUCCCUCCUCCCCUCGCAGCUGCAGCAGCAGCAGCAGCAGCAGCAGCGGCAGCACGAGGCCUGCAGGGACGCCUGGGAACUCCGUGAGCCCGGGACCCCGCACAGCAGCAGCAGCACCAGCAGCAGCAGCGGUGGAGGCAGCAGCAGCGGCAGCGGCAGCAGCAGCAGCGGAGGAUGCAGCAGCGAGCAGCUGCUGCGGCUGCAGAGCGCUCUGCUGCAGUGCGUUCCAGCAGGAGGCUGUGCGUCUCCGCUGGUGCUGCAUCAGUGUGCUGCUGCUGCUGCUGCCGCAGAUAGAGGGAGUAUCUGCUACACGUACAGCUAA